AUAUAGUAGUUCCUCCCCUAUAUUCAAUCAUUUCAGCCAAGACUUUGUUCAAACAUCAGAUCUCAUCUGGUCGAGCACUCACCGCUACAACAAUGGGGGAAGAGAAGGUGACUAUGAUUCUGAAGGUAGAUCUUCAGUGUGAAAAAUGCUACAGGAAGGUCAAGAAAGUUCUCUGUAAAUUCCCUGAAAUACGUGACCAGACGUACGACGAGAAGAAGAACCAGGUGAUCAUCAAAGUGGUCUGCUGCAGUCCUGAAAAGAUCAGGGACAAGCUAUGCUGCAAAGGAGGUGGCGUCUUUAAGUGCAUCGAGAUCGUAAAACCUGAACCGCCUCCGCCUCCGACUAAGACUCCGACUCCGCCUCCGACUAAGACUCCGACUCCUCCUCCGCCUCCGCCUUGCCCUUGCCGGCCGGUGAAACCGUGUUGUUCGGAUUGUUGCAAAAGGCCUCCUCCGUCUCCGCCUCCAGCUUGCCCUUGCCGGCUGGUGAAACCAUGUUGUUCGGAUUGUUGCAAAAGGCCUCCUCCUCCUCCUCCUCCGCCUCCACCUCCGCCUCCACCUUGCCGGCCGGUGAACCCGUGUUGUAUGGAUUGUUACGGACGGUGUCCUUGUGGUCCUGCCCCUUGCAUACCGUACGAUGGCUACUGUGGAAGGCAGGUCUGUGAUAGUUACGGCGGUGGGAGGAGCUAUACUACUAGUUACUGCGUGACCAGCCCCGAUUGUUUCAGUGAAGAAAAUUCCCAAGCGUGCGCCAUCAUGUAAAGCCAUAUAUACGUACCUAGCUACUGUGCCUUUCGCUGCCUUUGUGGGAAGUUUCCAUCAGGUCGGUGGUCCGUCAUUUUUAUAGUGUUAAAGUUGUACGAUGUUGUUGUUGUCUUAUAUGAAAUAAAGUAUGGUUGGUGAUGGUGGUGGACACGUUGCGAUCAGUUAUUCAAUUAAUGAAAUAGAA